AUGGUGUCAGUUCUUAAAUCAGUAACUUUCUUGUUUAACUAUUUUAUAUUUCACUUCCAGACGUGUCCAGUUAUCCUGUUCCUCUUUGGCACAGUUGGCAACAUUCUCAUCCUCUUCAUGCUUCGCACGCUACGCCUGGGUCGAACCUCCAUGCAUGUAUUCCUCCGAGCACUGGCCGUCUCCGACCUCUGCGUCCUCUACACGGGUCUACUGAGAUGGUGGAUGGUCUGGUCCUUCGGGGUGGACCUCCGAAACCAGCACACGCUUCUGUGCAAAGUACACACCUGGAUGGUUUAUGUAGCGUUGUACGUCUCCGCCUGGCUUCUGGUAUUUAUGACCUUGGAAAGGACCUGCUCAGCCUGUCUGCCACAUCGGGUCAACACAUUCUGCACAAAACGUCGGGCGUGUUUCCUUAUCGCUUUCAUCGUCAUAUUUCAAGUCUGUAUGCAGUCUCAUUUUCUAUUCGGCAUGACACUCGCAGAAAAUAAUGAUACCGGAGAAUUCAACAAGUCUGGGAAAUUCAACGAUUCCAGGAAACUGACUUGUCUGGAAAUUUCACAAGAGUACCAUUUCUUCAUUCAUAAUGUAUAUCCACUGGUGGAUUUAGUUCUUCUUUCGCUCAUUCCGUUUAUUCUCGUCAUUUUAGGCAAUGUUGUUAUUAUAUGGAAGACAUUUUUGUCGUUAAGGACAGCCGCCAGGUUGAAUUUGACCUCGAACAAAAGCGCCAAUCUGCGUCGACGUCGCGCCUCUUCGAUGACGAUCAUUCUUGUGUGUCUUAGCGCCUUGUUUUUGUUGACUACGUCGCCAACUUGUGUGUUCAAUAUGUGGGAACGAGGCGUUGGUGGGCCGGAUGCUAUGGUAGCUGCGAUGGGGUCAGCAAAGUACGAACUGGUGUGGGCGAUUGUCAGCAUCGUCAUGUACUGUAACAACACCUUCAAUUUCUACCUGUACUGUUUAAGCGGUAGAAAGUUCAGAAACGAAAUCAGACGCCAGUUUUCCCGUAGAAGGACGGAUUCGCAGUCAGUGGUAUUCUCGGCCCCAUCUCUUCAGCUGCAUCGCUUCCAGAGACCAAGCCUGGUCAAAGGAUACAUUGCACACUCCAACAACGGUAAAGAAAGCGAUGAUCUCUGCUCCCAUGUUAAUGACAACUGUAACGGGUUUCUCUUGUAUAGAGCCUCAUACUUCUGUCGCAAUGAUAAUGCUUAUUUAUAG